GUCUAUUGGUAGAUGAGUGGAGGCAUUGCCCUUAACUGCUGAUGACAGGGCAGUUUUCUUUUUUCUUUCUCGGUAACUGUUCUUGGAUUGUGUGGAAGUGUCCCAGAACUGGUCCCAGAACGGUUUUAAAAGAGGAAACCAAUUUGUCCCGACUAUCACAUGCACAGCACAGCACUGUUUUGGCCGCGGGCAGCAUAUCAUUUUUAGGGUCGUGAUCAGAUAUCACAUGACCCAUCUAUUCAACGUUAGGGAAAUCAAAUAUUUAUCUGGGGACAUGGAUCAAGUUUACCUCAAACUUUAAUUCAACUGUCUUCUCUAGUAGCCUACUUGUGCUCGCGGACUCAUUUCUUGGUUUCUUAGGGCAGUUAGAGCGACAGAGAGAGAGAGAACCGGAACUAAGAAGCAAAUUAUCUCCUAAGAAGAGGACAUCGGAGUUAUUUCUGAAUGUUGUUGAGGCUUGUCCAAAUAGCCAGACAACCAUGGUAACACCAGUGCAACUUUUUAUCACAUUUGUGCUUCUCGUGUUGAGUUUGGCAGACGAUAAUAAACUAAAACACAAACCAGCCUCAAAACCGGUCCGACUGUUCACAGACGAAGAUUUAAAAAGGCACGAUGGGAGUGAGGACGGGCAUCCCAUUUACAUGGCCAUAAAAGGAGUGGUGUUUGAUGUUACCAAGGGGAAAGAGUUCUAUGGGAAAGAUGGACCAUACAAUGCCUUGGUUGGAAAGGACUGCACCAGGGCUGUGGCCAAAAUGUCCCUUGAGCCAGCUGAUCUGACUUCUGACACUACGGGCCUUACUGAAGAGCAGCUCCAAUCCCUAGAGAGUGUAUUUGAGGGCACGUACAAGACAAAGUACCCUAUUGUAGGCUACACUGCCAUACGCAUCCUCAACCAGGAUGGAAGCCCCAAUGAGGACUUCAAGCCUGAAGACCAACCUCAUUUUAACAUCAGAGACGAGUUCUAAUCCAAAGGAGGUUUUUUUUUUGUGGGUACUUUUUUUUUCUUUCUUUUUUUUCUUCUCUGAUUAUAUUUUGGUACGCCAACAAAUAAACUGUGGAGACCAUGAAGAUUCAAUACUGUGUGAUCCUCAAUUUGCUCAUGAUUUGAAAAAAUGAUUAUUUAUGAAUUCCCAGUCAGAUCCAUUUGUUAGGACUGCAUGUCUGGAUGUCCUGUGAUGAAGCCCGUAAGAAGGGUGGCCUUACCAAGGGUUAGGCAGCCGUGUGUUUCAGCUCUAUUUUCCUUUACCUUAUUUGGAGACCAUAUUUAUAUCUUUUAAAAUAGAUGAUAUUUUAAGAUAUAAUUUUAUGUUGACGUCAAUGAAAACAUGGAAUGUUUGUUACAAUGUUGUUAGUCAAAUACACUUUGUAAAAUGUAUUUACAUUUUAAGAACUGAA